AUGAUGAUGAUGAUGAUGAUUUGCUGCUCAGGUGUGGGCGGAGCAUCAGAGCUGGCCUUCCUAAAAGAACCCAAUGACAUCAUUGCGGUGCGGGACCGCCCCCUGAUGCUGGACUGUCGGGUGGAGGGGGAGGGGCCCAUCUCCAUCACCUGGAGAAGGAAUGGUGUCGCCUUGGCAGCCGGCAUCAAGGCGACGGUGCUCGUCAACGGAACGCUGCUCAUCAGGAACGUCUCCAAGAGACGAGACGGGGACGAGACGGACGCAGGACAGUACGACUGCGCCGCCCAGAACCGCCACGGCAUGUUGAUCAGCCGCAAGGCCCGAGUCCAACUCGCAUUCCUCCCUAAGUUCCUGUCUCACCCAGAGUCCGUUGCUGUGGAUGAAGGGGGCGUGUCCAGACUCACCUGUCAGGUACAUGGAAUCCCAGAGGCCAACAUCACCUGGCAGAGAGAUCGACGCCCACUGAGUACAGAGGACCCCCGGUACACUCUGCUUCCUAACGGCGUCCUGCAGAUCACCAGCGUUCAGCGAAAAGACAGCGGCUUGUUUCGCUGUGUCGCCUCGAAUAUCGCCAACACCCGAUACAGCCACGAGGCACAGCUGUCUGUUACUGUUGCAGGAUCCAGAAUCUACCAGGAGCCUGUCAUCCUGUCUGGACCUCAGAACCUCACCAUCAACAUCCACCAGACGGCCAUCUUGGAGUGUAUCGCCACAGGGAACCCCCGCCCCAUUGUGUCCUGGAGUCGCCUCGAUGGGCGCUCCAUGGGUGUGGAGGGGAUCCAGGUUCUGGGAACAGGAAACUUGAUGAUCUCGGAUGCGACUGUGCAGCAUUCAGGAGUUUACGUUUGUUCAGCGAACCGACCAGGAAGUCGCUCGAGAAGGACGGCGCUCGGACGACUCGUCGUUCAAGCUCCUCCAGAGUUUCUGCAAUGGCCUCAGUCUGUCUCCAGACCAGCAGGGGGCAGCGCUGUCUUUAGCUGUACAGCGUCUGGCGUCCCUGAACCACACCUCAUUUGGCUGAAGAACGGCAAACUGCUGUCACCCAGCGGCAACGUCAAACUGACCAAUGGAAACACGACACUUGCCAUCACUGACAUCACGUCCGUGGACGAGGCCAUCUAUCAGUGCAUCAGUGAAAACAGCGCCGGGACAAACCAGGCCAGCGCUCGUCUCGCCAUCAGCCAGGGGCCCGAUGUCCCUGAGGCCCCCACAGGGCUCCGGGCGACGGCCCUGAGCUCGAGCAGCCUGCAGCUGACCUGGGAUCAGCCGGUGGAACACGUCAGUCACGUGAUCAUCGGAUACGUUCUGCACAUGCGACGACUCGGAGAGCCGGAGAGUGCAGAGCUGCAGGAGGCCGUCAGUCAAAGCUCCUUCACUCACCACUUCAACAACCUGGAGGAGGCCACGACCUACGACCUGUACCUGAAGGCCUACUCUGCUCAGGGCGGGAGUCAGAGGUCCAACAGCAUCACAGCCACCACGCUGGGAGGAGUUCCCACUUCUCCCAGUUUCUUCACGAAGGUUCUGAACCAGACAGCGAUGCAGGUGUACUGGGACCAGCCGGUGCCUGGCAAGCUGGAGGGCUUCAGACUGGAGUACCGCAGGGUUUCUAGCCCCAACGUCCAGGGACAGGAAACCUUCCCCGCCCACAUCAACACACACACGGUGUCCCACCUGGAACCUGCAGCAGUGUAUGAUAUCCAGCUGGUGGCGUUUAAUGGCAAUGGCGACAGUCCAGUGAACCGGCGCCUCGUGUCUCUGGACGAGGGUGGAAACACAGCAGCAGCUGGUCCGACCUGUAACUGUGAUCAGUCCAAUGGAUCUGUCUCCACUCUGCUGGUCGGGGUCCACAGUGGCCUCGCCUGCGUCCUCUGCUGCGUCAUCUUCAUCCUGCUGGGAUACAGACGCAGUUUGUUCUGUAGGAAGGCAGCGAGCUGGGAUGCUCCGCCCACCCUGAAUGAUGUCAGAGAUCCUAAAGGUCACAUACCUGAAAACAUCGAGCUCAGCCAGAGAUGUGACUCCGCCCCUUUUCCAGUGAUGGUCAUGGUUGAACCAACAUCCCCCUUUCAGCCAAUCCCAGGCACUGGAUAA